GCGGAGUAACAGCCAUACAGUUUUGCAUUUGUAGCAGGGGAUUCUGAUUUACAAAGACAACGUUGCACACCCAAGAGCCCCUACUCUCUCUCUCUCUCAACCAAAGUGCGAAAUGAAGCUUUUCCUAAUGAACCAGCGUGCACUCGUAGCGAUUCCGCUGAGCCUGAGAUCAAUAGCCAGACGGGUUUCUUCGUCUUCUUUUUCUUCUUCUUUUUCUUCUUCUUCUUCUUCUUCUUCUUCUUCUGCUUUGAAUUGGGAAGGUGGAGUUUCCAUGGUGCAGGGAGCUUCCAGAGGAAUUGGCCUUGAAUUUGUUAAGCAGCUGCUGGAGAAGAAUGAGAAAGGGCAUGUUGUUGCUACUUGCCGCAAUCCUGAUGCAGCGACAGGGCUUCUUCAUCUGAAAAAUAGAUUUGCUGAGCGACUUAGCAUCCAACAAUUGGAUCUGACCCUUGAAAGCACCAUAGAGGCAUCUGCAAAGUCCAUUAGAGAAAGAUUUGGCUUUUUAAACCUUCUCAUCAAUGCAUCUGGCAUUCUUUCAAUACCUGAUGUGUUGCAACCAGAAACAACAUUGAGCAAACUAGAGAAGUCCUCUUUGCUUCUUGCAUAUGAGGUUAAUGCCAUUGGUCCUGUUCUGGUGAUCAAGCACAUGUGGCCUCUUCUAAAGGUUGGCAGUGGCUCUGGGACUGAAAGGGAUUCUGCAGUUGUGGCCAAUUUGAGCGCCAGGGUGGGAUCCAUUGGGGACAAUCGCCUUGGGGGUUGGCACUCGUACCGAGCUUCAAAGGCUGGACUUAAUCAGUUGACAAAAACUGUUUCGGUGGAGUUUGCAAGAAAAAAGGAUCCAAUUAUAUGCAUUUUGUUGCACCCGGGCACAGUGGACACUGAUCUCUCUAGGCCAUUUCAGAGAAAUGUUGCAGAAGGCAAGCUAUUCACCAAAGAGUUCUCAGUGCAGAAGCUCUUAGGCAUCAUCAACAAUGCAAAGAUCCAUGACAAUGGCAAGUUUUUUGCCUGGGAUGGUCAGGAAAUUCCUUGGUGAUCUCUCAGAUUCAUCAUGAAUGGAUUGGACAGCAUUGAAUAAUUAUAUUUGUCUUUUGAGUAAAUUGUCUAUUUUCUUUAUAUAUAUAUAUUAAUUAAUGAAAGCCAAUAGUUGACUUUUCAAUUUCUCCUUUGUUAACUUCAUUAGUUUUCUGAAGAUUGUUUCCUAUUUCUGAUGUAAUUGCUGACAG